ACUAACAACAGCAGCAGCUCUUUUUUGUAAUAGGUUACUUCACUUCUUCUUUCACACUUCAUAUGAAGAUUACCCUUUGUAGUAGUUUUUUACUUACUACUACUCACUUCUUUCUUUCUUCUUCUUUCUCUCAAAAUCAGAGCUCCUUCUUUUCCCUCUAAAUCCAAACUCCAUUACAAGUUACAACCAUGUCCUUUUUUUCCUUCUUUUCUUUUAAAGAAAAAAGAAGAAGAAAAUAUUCAAUUAUAUUCUCUUUCCUACGCAGCUAUCACGUGUCCAUCUCAGGUACUACAUCGUGCUUUUCGCUUCUUCUCAGUCUGCAAAUCCACCACCCCACCAGCGAGACACAUUCUCAGAAAAUAAUACAUUUUCACAGCACAGAGAGAGAUUUCUGGGCUUAUUAUUCUCUCAAAUUUUGAUCAAAGAUCUUAACUUUCUUACUUUUUUCUCUGGGUUAUUACUGAUGUAAAAAAGAAAAAAGAAAAAAGAAAAGAAAUGGGGUUUCGCACAAAGAGUUGUUGCAGGUUCUCAGGCACAGCCGUCUUUUACCAUUAUUACCACUAUCAUUAUUACCAUGCAUAAAGGCUGUGUCUUGUGUCUCUCCAGAAAGAAAAAAAAUAAAAUCAUCAGAUAUCUCUCUCCACGCACACUCUGUGACACUGUUAUGACUCUCUUUUUAUCCUUAUUAUCGCUCUCUUUCAUUCAUUUAUUUUUACUAUCAUCUUCCCCUCAAAUUAAUCUUUCUGCAAAGUAAACAAUAAAAACACCAUCUCCACUAUAAAUAACAUACACACAUUUACAUUUAUGUACUGCCUCUGCUCUUGUUUCAGCUCUUUGCCUCUGCUCUCUUCUUUUUUACUGCUCUUCUUUUUUCUUUUCUUAAUUUUCUGAGUCGCAAUUAUCCUUGUCAGAUCAUUUAAUUACUAUCUCUACCUCACUGAAAAAAAUAUAACUUUUCGUAUACACACACCUGACAUAUUACUUGCCCGCUUAUUGUUUGUCCCUUGCUAUUUGCUAUUAGUGGUUGCUUAUGUCUUGUUACUUCCUCUACUAGUAUUCCUUGUUUGCUCUCAUUUUUGCAUCUUUUGAGUGGUUUUUUUUUUACCUCCUUUUUGUUUCUUGGAGAGAUAUAUUUUGUCGUCAGAAAGUUAUAGAGCAAUGGUUGCUUCUCCUAAGUCUGGUGGCGCUGGCUCUUCUUCUGUUCCGUCUUUGCCGCCGCCUUGUCCUAAGUCUCCGCCGGAGUAUCCUGAUUUGUAUGGCAAGCGCAGAGAAAUGGCUAAAGUGCAGAUGCUUGAGAGAGAAAUCGGUUUUCUUGAGGAGGAACUAAAAUCUGUCCAAGGCCUUCAGCCGGCGACCAGAUGCUGCAAAGAGGUCAGUGAUUUUGUGGUGGCAAAUUCAGAUCCUUUAAUACCUACAAAUCGGAAGAACCGAAGGUCUUGUCGAUUCUGGAAGUGGCUUUGUGGAAUACCCUGCUUUAAUUUCUCAUGGAUCUGUUGUGGCCGCCAUUCGGGAUGCUGCCCUUGUCCAGAGUUGCCACGGUGCUGUCUCUGUGACUGUGACUGUGACCUAUGCAACUGCUGCUCCUGUUUCCGCUGCUCAACACCCAAGUGCAAAUGUUGCUCUUGGUGUUGCUCCUGCUCCUGCUCUUGCUCUUGUCCAACAUCCAAUUGCUGUAGGUGUAGAAAGCCCUCAUGCAGCUGUAACUGCUGCACUUGUCGACUUCCUUCGUGCCCAGAUUGCUCUUGUUGCAAACCUUCGUGCCCAGAUUGCUCUUGUUGCAGACCUUCGUGCCCGGAUUGCUCUUGUUGCAGACCUUCGUGCCCGGAUUGCUCUUGUUGCUCUUGUUGCAGACCUUCGUGCCCGGAUUGUUCUUGUUGCUCUUGUUGCAGACCUUCGUGCCCGGAUUGCUCUUGUUGCAUACCUUCAUGCCCAAAUUGCUCUUGUUGCAAAUUGUCAUGUCCAAAAUGCAAUUGCUGCACAUGGUUAUGCUGUUGUCCUAAGUGGACAUGCUCUACUCCUAAAUGUCCUAAACGUCCUAAAUGUCCAAAGGUACGUCUUUGUUGCAAUUGUACAAAAACUUGUUGUAAUCCAUGCUGUCUAUUCUUUUAGCACAUCAAGAUAAGCACCAUGAGGAAUUCCUUUUUCUUCAGUAUACGGUUCAAUUUCUACGCAUAUCUUAUUGUUGAA